GUGAUAGUUGAUGAAAGCAAGGCGAAAAAAAAGACGGUUUUGACAAAACAUAGGAAGCAAGACAUUCGUUGCACUUCUCUGUAGGUAUAGAGCCACAGCCAAUACAAUCCACACAUACACAAGCCAAUUUCCGUAAAUUUCAACUAAAAUUACGUUGCUCACCUUUGGUCAAAUCUUCACUCGGACACAGAAUUCAAGGAUUUCGCAUCGCACUGUCCUCUUCCCGGACGACGAAGAUGCGCAUCUGGCUCACACAGCACCCGAGUCUGAAAGUAAAAGUGACAGAUUGGUUUCCAAACAAUGAAGUCAACACACGAAUUCCGUGUGUCAUUGAGAGAGGGCUAACGUAAAUAUAUAACGCGACGAGGCUCGCGCGAGUCCAAUCGGCACUUUCCACCGCGACGAGAGAACUAAUGAAAACGACUGAACAAAAUGAGCUGGCUUGAAAUCGUGAUCUACCUUUAUUUAGCUACGAGAAGGAAAAACAACAGCUUUACAUGUCAGUUUUAGUUCGACACCCUUGAAAAACUACGUUCGGCCAUUUCCCACCUGACACUGCUGCCACUGCUUAACCGAGAAUCUUUCUAGGAAAAUACCAGGCAAACAGAUGAUCGUUUGGCACUGUGCUCGGCUUUGUUUUGAGGCUAUUAUUAGACUAAAGAUCACAACAAUAUUUAGUUUUGUGAGUCCCCAAAUGCCUGGCUGAGAGUGUAAGUAGUGUUCGAUAUUGCUUGUUUUAACACUUGUCGGAGCUUUCUAUUGUUACUUAGAACAUUUUUGCCGUAAGAUUGUUACGACUGCUCGGGGGGCUUUUUAAAUGCUUCAAUCGAUUAUUUACAUUUUGCUGCGCAGAUAAGGUAAAUCUGUGAAAAUCAAUUGGUUAUUUAGUUGUAAUAAUUAUUUAAUAUUUUUCUUUUUUUGUGGUUGUAAUAAAUGUUUAAAUGCAAAAGAAUUUUUAUCAAAUCCUUCAGUUUAUUAGUUGACGAUAAUUUUAGUUUUAUAACUAACAAGUUUUAAAACGCUAAUUAUUGUUUCCGUAAACGUGCUGAAGUAACAACAUGCCUACAAGAUAAUUAGCAAUAAUAUUGGAUAACUGCAGUCUGCAGUCUGCAAUUGUUGUCAUUGCUCAUUAACGUUUACUCGUUGUCGAUGGGCGUUGCGGGGUACCUAUAUCGGCUGUCGGCUGUCGGCUGAUGUGUGUACUGCAAAGUUGUCUACUGCAAAGCGCGUGUUUAUCAAAAAUAACGUGGAUGGGGUGAUGGCUGCGAACAGUUAGUGUUUUUCAUGAAAAAUAUUCAUUAAUUUUAAACGAUUGCUCGUAAAUACAAAAAGUGUAUACAGAUUUCAAAAGUACAUAUUAAUUUAUUCUUUGUAAAUGGGAAUUAGUACCGAGUUAAUGUGAAUCAAACAUUUUUUUAACCUCAAAAUAGUCGGGAGAGUUUUGUAAUUUUUUAUACUUUAACUGAAGUUAUUUUUUGAAAUGGAAGGUAAAAAAAAGAAAAGGAAGAAUUAUUUUUCUAAUCAAGGAAAUGAUUACAAGAGAAAACGUUUAUCGUUGGAACCUGGAAUGAGAGGUUUUCUUUGCACAUGCAAUUUUCGUGAAAAGGAGUGUGUUCGUGAAGCUUAUAAUUUAUUGGAAGAGUAUUCGGACAAAAUCUGUGCUUUAGAUGACGAACAAUCUAAUGCUCUAGAUACAGAAACAGCGGUUGAUGCCAGCAAGCAGAGUGAAGAAGUGAAAAAAGAGGAAGAAAAUGAGACUAAAUCCGAGAAAAAAGAAAUACCAAGCAAGGAACCUGAAGAGAACAAAGAACAGUCGGAGGAUAACAAAGCUGAAACAGAAACAGAGGCUCCAGAAAAAAAGGAAAUGGACAAUGAUAACGACAAUGAGGAUGAUGAAGAUGAAGAUAUUUCCACAGCUUUUAAUAAGGAGAUCAACAACUUGAAGGCAGAAGCAGGAAAACCAUUAUCUAAAAAAAAAUUCCAAGUUGUCGAUACUGGUGUAAGUAAUGUUGUGUUUAUUAAAAGUACCGUGCCAGAUCCUUUAGAACUAGUAACAGCUAUUGUCAAAGAUCUUCAUGAAACUAAGAAACAGAAAGCUAGAUAUAUGUUACGAAUGUUACCAAUUUCUAUAGUCUGUAAAGCUUAUAUCGAUGAUAUAAAAGUUAAAGCAGACCCACUUUUAGAAAGGUAUUUUGCACAAGAACCAAAAACGUUUGCUAUAGUUUUUAAUCGACACAGUAAUCAUAGUUUACAUAGGAAUGAUGUCAUAGAAGAUUUGGCUAAAAUUAUUUUAAAGAAAAAUCCAGCUAACAAAGCUAACUUAAAAAAUCCGGAUAUUGCAGUUGUAGUUGAAGUUAUAAGAGCAGUUUGCCUUAUUUCUAUUGCUCCAGAAUAUUUUACAUAUAAAAAGUACAAUCUUCUAGAAAUAUGUAACCAAAAGUAGUGCAUUUUACUUGAUCAAAAUAAAUUUAUCUUAUUAUUUUAAAUAAAAAAGGGAAAAAAUUAAAAGUGAGUUUAUAAAAACUUAUAUGUUUAUUAAAAAGUAAAAACUUGCAAAAUAGAGUCUUAAAAACUACAAUAAAUAUUUUUUAACACAUGUUUUGCAUUCUUCAUCAUUAAUAUUUAAGCAAACUUGUCUAAUUCUAUAGUAAAAUAUAAUUGAAAAUAUAUAAAAGUAGUAAUGAAUCCAUUAAUCACUAAAGCUUGUCAUAAAGUCCAUCAGUAUUUGGACCUUGUAAUGUGCAAUAUCCACACACAAACUCUUGAAUAUAAUUUGGAUAAAAUAGAAGCACUUGUUCUUUUGACCAAUGAACAAAAAGCAAAA